AUCCCCGUCACAUCAGAGCAAAUUUCUGAAAAAUAUGUUCGAAUUGAGAAUUAUUUGUAUCAUACAUUAGAGGUAUAUGAAAAAGGAUUAAAUAGAAAGCGUAAAAAACAAAUCCAAAUUAUAGAUCCACUUGAAAAUUUAUCGUAUAAUUAUAAUAACAAAGCUAGUGUUAAGACACAUAUAGACAUGAUUAACCAAGAAUUCCAAACCCAAGAUACUAUUCCGAUUUGUUCAUGUGAUCAGACACAUAGGUGUCCUUGCUUCGCAUGUGAGGAUGAGAUUAAUCACCGGGUUAAGAAAGAGGUUAAUGUUUUAUUUCAGCGAUUAUUGGAAUACAACGAAAAAACUUUUGAUAAAUUUAUGCGAGAAAUUACUAUAGAGCAUGAAAAGCGGGUUAAUGAAAAUAAAAAAUUACGAUAUGAG